AUCAUCAUGGCUGUGACCUGUUGAGUCACCUAUUAACAUAGAAAAAUUCCUGUUCAAUAGAAUGUUGACACGUCUAGCGUCACGCUCCAAUUUAUGAUACACGACUACAGGCAAAUCUUUGGGAUAUUGUUGGGACAUGCAGCUUUAAUUAAAUUUCAGUUUCAAUUUUCACUUGGCCAAAAAAGGACGAUUAGGAGGUCCUGGCUGAAAGGUAAGAAUUGAUCUGGAACUGAAAUGAGAUUUUUGAGUCAGUUAUUUCAUGCAAGUAAACUAAUCCACUGACAUAUUAUUAUACAAUAAUAACAAUAGAUCUAAACUUUUAAAAUCAUUUUAUAUAGUUCGUCCAUUCGUUUUUUGUUGCUUUUUUUAUUUUUAUUUUUUUUGGUUGUUGUUGUUUUUUUUUUGUUCAGUGUGCUACAACUAAAUUGUUGUUACCCGGCGAUUGGCCUAUUAGUAGGACGCUAUCGUUCGUGGGUGUGUAUGUGUCUUUGUUUGUUAUUUUGUUUAUUAGUUUGUUUGAUAUGUUUUGUAUUGGGGAGGGGGGCGACCAGAAACAAAAAUAAAAUAGAACAUUAAGAUUUCUUUUAAAAUGUAUAGGUUCUCUUUUCUUGACCCACAUUUGAGAAUAUAUUUAUUUUUUCCAGGGCGUAUUUGAUAAUUUGGUGAGAAGGCCGAUGCGAGCGUCGUUUGCUCGUUUGUUUCCAGGUAACACGCAAACAAUGUGUAUAUUUAUUCAAGUAAAUAAAGAAUUCAUUGUUGCCCUUUAUUUCCAUUCAAGAUCUUUAUGGAGACCCUAAACUCAACUCCCCCCCCCUUUCCACCACACACACACACACCUAUAACCCCCCCCCCCCGACCCCCCACGUCUCUCAAGAUGGUUUCUCAACUCUCCUUCUACUUCUUCUUCUCUCGUCACGUGGUCCUUGAACUCUGACACCAAGAGACCCUAACCCCAACUCCCCCCCCCUUUCCCCCCCACACACACACACCUAUAACCCCCCCCCCCCGACCCCCCACGUCUCUCAAGAUGGUUUCUCAACUCUUCUUCUACUUCUUCUUCUCUCGUCACGUGGUCCUUGAACUCUGACACCACCUCACUGAUUUAAAAAUAUCUUGUUUCACAUUCGAGUGCAAUAACAAAUUAAUGUUGCGUCGAAGUAAUGCUUCUGAAUCUAAUGAUUUUCAUAGGAUAAGCGUAUGGAUAUAUUUAUGUAUCCUAUAUCCGUCUACUCUUCGCCAAUGGCGUAGGAAGGAGGGGGUGUACGGGCCAAUCAACCCUGGGUGGCGUUUUUUUUCUUCUUUGUAUUGAAGGGAGGGCAUUUUUUUGCCAGUUUUUUUUUCCUGGAAGGAGAUGGGCAAUCUUGGCCCUCCCCGUUGGGCACUGACCCUACCUAUGCCACUAUUCAUUGUGUCUUGACGUCAUCUUAGAUUAAACUUAAAUUAAUAUCUUGGAGAGCAAAUAUUUCUCACGUCAUGAGUGGCUUAGAAUAGGCAUGCUGUAUGAUUACCGAUUAUAGCUUAUCUGUGUGAUUUAUUUGUUUAUUUUUUUUGGUUAAAACUUUGUAAUUAUUUUUUGACAGAGCACAAAGAUGAGUGACGAGGCGAAAGAGACCAUAAACGCGUGGUUGGCAAAACUUAUAGCAAACGGAUGCUGUCCCGGUUUGGAAAUGGUGGACGAAGAACAGCGCAUAUUUCACAUCCCUUGGCGCAACGAGAAGAGUGGGGGGCUCCAGGACGGCGGCAACGACACGAUCUUCUUACGACUGUGGGCCGAACACAAAAACUACACCAUUACGGAUGGGGGCAAAGAGGAGAGGAGGGACUGGAAACACAAAUUUCGGUGCGCCUUAAACAAAUGUUCCCAUCACAUCACCAAGCUCAAAAAUGGAAAGGAGUUCAUGACGUGUCAGUUUAGAGACCCAGAGACGACUCCUUCGUCUCGUAAGAGAAGACCCGAGGCAACCCCGCCGACGGAACGUGAAGAAGAGCAUAAUUGCAACACGGGGAUUUUAAGACCAUCUUUACACACUGAGACGAACGGCCGUGCCUUUAGCUCUGACUCGGACUCACCUACAGAAUCUAUGCAGCGAUCCCCAAACCAAGAGACCGUGGUUCAGAACAGCUGCCCAAGAAGAGAAGCUCAAAGUGUUCAAGAAAUUGACGACUGCCGUGUGGCAAUUGAAGUAUUUUACGGAAGCCCACAUCGCACGGUGAGGCGAUGGUUAGUGAGCGGCAGCAAUCCACGCUGUGUAAUAUGCUCAGACGUGUGCAAAAUUCAAGCACUGAAAGAAACUCUCAAAGAGACCGAAGAUGUUAUUGAGCUGAAUCUACCACCGGUUGAGGAUUUCCCCGAUAUUAUUGGUGAGAGCAGAGAGAUGAUCAGGGAAAUUCUCGGAAAAAUGCAACGUGGACUGACCUUCAGUUACGAAUCUGAGAACAUUCACGUAGAGCGGCGGGCGAUGAUAAAUCUUUUUGUCUACGACGGUACCUCACAUAAAUUAACUCGCAGAAGAUCCAGGCACGACGAACCAGUAGUUUUUAAACUAUUCGAUUUCGAAGCAUUCCAUUUUUCUUUGGUGCGCCACGUAGAAAAUACAAGCGAGCCUUGCCCCGAGACAAAUGUCUUUUUGACGAUUGGUUUCGAGGCUUUUCCCAAUCAGGUUGAUCCUUUCCUAACAGUCCCAAUUUAUGUGAAGGUCACUCAUAUGCAGGCUGAGAAAUACAAGAGUAUGAUGUUGUCGAGAUAUGACUCCGUUCCUUAUUCUAUAAUGGUUUCAGGCUUCGACUCUCUGACUCUGGAAGACCAGCAUGACGUGGCACAGGGCCAAGUGAUUGGGCUUCAGGGCACUCCGCAACAUCCCCAGCAAUCAGCAGGAAACAACGGGAUCAAUAACAAAGAUUUUCUUGUAGCUGUAAAAGUAUUUUAUGGCAUUCCCUAUUUUCAGGUGGCGAGGGUGCUUCUGGAUGGAGAUCGCCCCAUGUGCACCAUUCUUUAUAAAUCAGAAGGCUUUGUUUGCGAGGGUCUCAAGUACGAACUCCCCCGAAGUACUGAGUCGAAACACAAUGAAAAAAUAAACACAAUUUUAGAACACUUGACGGGUGGUGUGGUUAUAAAAUAUGAAUCGGGGAACAUUUUCAUUGAAAGAAGAUGUUUAAUCAAAGUCUUCUUAACAGAUGGCGUCCUAAAAUCUACACCGCUACCUUUGAACAAAGGUCAAGAGCCAGCGAUGGCAGAAGCCUUUAAUUAUGGCCAAUUUUCAAAUCAGUUACUGGCACACAUCAACGACGGAAGUAAACCUCGUCCCAAAGCUGAGUUUACGUUGUCCGUUGGCCAUGACAUUAUUCCAAACGAUAGCGAACCUAUGAGGAAAGUCUUAAUGUAUGUCGAGGUAACUCACGUGAAGGCAGCCAACGAUCUGCAUGCGUAUGACAAAUUAAAAAACAAUAACCAAUCAUCGGAGCCAAAAAUAUCGAUGCCUGAUUCUAUUGAUAAUAUCAUUGAUUUUAUUAACGAAAUCAGUGUUGGUCAACCGAUCGGACGUCCAUGAAGAAGGCAUUAUGGCUGUGUUGUAAGGAUUCCUGUCUUCAACACACUUGAAGUUACAGAAAUACGAGAAGGACGUGGAAGAAGACUUCAUAAGCUGUUUCGCCUAGGAAGAUUCCUUAAGACAGUAAACCCAAUACACUUUGCAGAUUCCUAACCUUAAGACUGUAAACCCAAUAAACAACGUAUAGGCCAAAACAUCAACUUAAAGGCUGUAAUUGGAAUGGUUACAGAGAGGAAAGCGUUUACUAUAUUUUCUUUAGUGCUUGUGAAACGUCGGCAUCGUGCUUAGUUGACUGCUUCGCGCACUUGUUGCAUCGAAAUGAAAAUAUGUAAUAACACGGUUUCUAAAAACAAAAUGUGAUGUAUAUUAUUAUUAUUAUUAGGUGUUUUUUUUUAUAGCGCAGUACCCCUAGGGUUAGGCUCACUGCGCUUCACAUAAAAAUGAGCAAUUAUAGAAACGUAUACAUUUAAAAACAGCAAUUGGUGGAAGGCUUGACCUCGCCCACCCAAGCACUAUCUACCCCUAUCUAGCCGCGGAGAGCACCCAGCAGAAUCGAGAGUUGUUGAUCAGUCAGAGGGUGGUGACAAUGAGUCGGUAUAGUACAGUUUGAAGAGAUGGGUCUUGAGGGCUAGUUUUGAAGGCUCUGAUGGUCCUUACAUUGCGGUGUGUAAUGGGAGGGAAGUUCCAGGAACGACGAAAGGAGAGAAGCAAGUUCACUUAUAUCAGACAAUGAAGGCGCUGGACAAGACUUGGAUUGAGAAGUGUGCUUAGAGACCCGGAUCCAGUCUGAAGUGGGCCCACUUGUCCGCCGGUGCGCGGUGAUUACAAGUUUUGGAGGUACUUCAAUUUUAAUUCACCGCAAAAAUUAUUAUUAUUAACACUUCCAAUGAAACAAAUGUUCUUUUCAAUAAAAACGUUUAAUUCAACGCAGAAAUUAUUGUACGUUAUCCAUUAUUUCACAUUUCCAUUAAAACACAUCACACCUCCAAUAAAACAAAUGUUCUUUUGCAUUAAAACACAUUUACUUAUUUUAAGGUCCUCCGCUGCUAUGGUGGCCAAAUUAGAACAAUAUCGUCUAGAAUGGCGUUGAAUACAUUCAAACCAUUUGCUUUAACACGUCGACGCAAAAUGAACCCACGCUUAUAAGAAUCGAGCAUAUGUCUGUGUGUGUGCCAUUGUUUCUCACUUCAUUGUGAACUAAUGCAGAAAUUGUCAAAGAAUUCAUGGUGUCUACAGAAGCAGUUGUACUUACUAAACUGGAUAUAAUUGCAUAGACAUAGAAUAGCAGUGAUGAUAUUUUUUUUGCGGUGAAUUAAUUUAAAAUUGAAGUAUCGUUUUGGAAGCAUUUUGUUAGUCCAUUGCUUAAAUUUCAAUCAUUAUAUUGUUGCUGAAGUGAAAGAAUUAAAAAA